CGCGGAACAGCACCAAACAUGAAAACAUAGCCAAGGCAACCCACUGACAAGUUCCCCGGCAGACAAACAUCAUGUCAAACGCCCUGACACAGAUUAAGAGGGUCCCUCUGCCGGAGUCAAAGACCAAUGUCUUUUACCGGGAACAGGGUGCGGCAACAGCCCCCGUCAUUCUUCUUCUGCACGGGUUCCCCUCCUCCUCUCACCAGUAUCGCAAUCUGAUUCCCCUGCUGGCCGUCAAAUAUCGGGUCAUCGCUCCUGAUCUACCUGGAUUUGGAUUCACUGAGGCUCCGCUCUCGUUCGAAUACACAUUCGCCAACCUGACAUCCACCGUCGCCGAAUUUCUCGAUGUCCUUGGGAUUUCCCAAUUCUCAGUCUACAUCUUCGACUACGGAGCACCGACCGGUCUGAGAUUGGCCCUUCAGCGACCCGAAGCCGUCCAGGCGAUCAUCACACAGAACGGCAAUGCCUAUGAGGAAGGCCUUGGCAUUUUCUGGGAUCCGGUGAAACUAUUUUGGGCCAGUCGCAAUGAACCCUCCGACCGCGACCCGCUGAAACAGGCCAUGCUGACCUACGAGGCGACCAAGUGGCAAUACGACGAGGGCACUCGUGACCCAACCGCCCUUGCACCUGAGGCGUACCACCUGGACUAUGCGUUGCUGCAGCGUCCCGGAAACCCAGACAUCCAGAUCGACCUGUUCAAGGACUACGAGAACAAUGUCAAACUGUACCCCGAAUUUCACGAGUACUUUCGGAAGUCGCAGGUUCCGUUGCUGGCGAUAUGGGGUAAGAAUGAUCCAAUUUUUAUACCCCCAGGAGCGGAGGCGUUCAAGCGGGACUUGCCAGAUGCCGAGGUGCAUCUGAUUGAUGCCGGGCACUUUGCUGUCGAGAGCGAUACGGAAUUCAUUGGUCAGACGAUUUUGAAGUUUUUGGAAAGACGAGGAAUCUAGCUUUGGAUUGAGGAUUCGAGGAUAUCUUAUCACGCGAGCUGGUUGCGACAAUGACGGCCCUAUUUAUCGAGUUUAAUUCGUCCAUAUCGUUGUUUGGGAUCUUGGAUACUGCGAGGAAAUAGGAGUGUCAGCCCCUUCCCGUGCGUUGGUCACUAUAUUUUUGAGCACUCUUUCUCAUGAUGAAUACGAAUGAAAUGACAAUUGAAUUUACAUUAUCCCA